AUGCCGACACUACGCAGAGCUGCGAAGAGGUCCGAAGAGGCCCAACACGAUGGUCUUCACGUCGAUGAGUCUACACGCGCCCUCGAAACCGUUGCGGCGAAUCUCGAAUCCGUGACGUCGCACCCCGAGAGCGGUGUCGUUGAGGCGCUGGGUGUUGUCAACGAUGCUACUGAGGUGGUCGCACGCAAGGCGGAUGAUGCCAUUGUCGCGACCAAGGAGGCGGUUGCGCCAAAGGUCGCGAGCAAAGGCCGAUCGAAGCUGCCGACCGUCCUCCAAUUCCCUCUUGUGACUCUGCUGAGCUUCAGCGUCUCAAGCCUGUGCUACAGCUUCCUCAAUGAGUGGAGUGGUGGGGAGCUCAUGAAUGUGGGCAAGAGCCUGGAUACUUGGGGCGAGGUUGGGAUUCUGGCGGGCUGGAGGAUAUCUGAGCUGGCCCUUGGUUGGUUCGGCAACUUUGAUGGCCUCGACCUUGCUGCGCUGAAUCUCCUGGCGCAUGGCCCUGCCUUCUACCUCUUGUCCACCUUUUACAACAUCAGCACGCCUACCGUGCUGUCGGCUCUCGGCAUUGAGAUGCUCUCCACCUUUGCGCCUUUCACGGCCCUUCGACCCCUCUCUGGCGCCCACGCUCCCGGUUCCAAGGGCGUCGCGAACCGCGAGAUCAUCACCGAUGCGCCUAUCCAGAUCUACACCACUCUGCUCUCGGCUUUGAUCUACGGCAUCACCCUCUUCAUCGCCCUGCACACCUUCCUCCCGACUAGCCUGAUUCUCUACUUUGAGAACAUUCCUAGCCUGACGCCUGCCUACACGGCGAACUACCUGACUAUCCUGCCCAUCACCUUGGCUUUCGGCUUCGCGGCGCGCACCUUUAUCUUCACGCCCUUUGCCGCUACGGGCCGCAGCAAGGAGGACGGCCGCCUGGGCGAGUUCGAUCCCGUUACCGCGACGCUCGGCGAAACAGUCGCGUUCAACCUCUGGGGCUACACGUCGCGCGCCAAAGUCAUCAUUCUCCGCACCGGAGUUGCCAUGGCCGUCACGGGCAUCAACACGUACCUGCAGACGCACAUGACAGUCGGCGGGGUUGAGACCCGUGGUGCCGCGGCGUAUGCCCUGCCGUGGGUGGGCGCCACAUUCUUCACGGGGUUGGCGCUCGCCUUUGUUGGUGGUGAGGCGUAA